AUGAAAGUAAAAGUUGCACUCAUUUUAUUAGCAGUUCUCUUUAUAGCAGUACUCGCUGGUAAAGAUUAUUAUAGAGUAUUAGGUUUAAAGAAAGGAGCAACUGAAGCAGAAAUUAAAAGAGCUUUCAAGAAGCUUUCUUUGAAGUAUCACCCUGAUAAAAAUACAAAUGAUCCUAAAAAAGCUGAAAAAUAAUUCCAAGAAAUUGUAGAAGCAUACGAAAUUCUUAAAGAUCCUAAACAAAAGGAAAUUUAUGAUAAGUAUGGUGAAGAAGGUCUUAAGUAAUAACAAUAAGGUGGCGGUGGACAUGGUGGUCAUCACUUCAAUUUCGGAGGCGGUGGCGGAUUCGAUGAUAUUUUCAGCUAAUUCUUCGGCGGUGGCGGUGGAAGAGGUGGUGGUGGCUUCCAUCAACAAUUUAAUUUUGGAGGAGGAUAAUAACAAUAACAAUAAAAUAGAGAUCUCUUUAGCUAAAGUGAUGUUUAUGAAAUUGAAAUGGGUAGCUUAUCCAAAUUCUUACGUCGUCAAGAAGUUUGGAUCAUUUUGUUCUACAAAUCUAACUAAUAAUAAUCAAUCAACCUCAAAGAUAGCUAUAGAGAGCUAGCCAGCACUUAUUAUGGUAUUUUUAAGGUUGCUGCUGUUGAUUGUGUAGAAGAAGAUGCUGUGUGCGAAGAUGAAUUUUAAGUAUUCGAACACCCUUCUAUAUAAGUUUACGAAUCAGAUAUCCGUAAAGAAGGCUACAAAUACACAGGCCCUCUCAAUGAUAACACUAAAAUUGCAUAAUUUGCAAUUAGAUAUAUGGAAUCUUAUGUUCGUAACAUCAAGACAGCUAAUUAUGAAGAGUUUAUUACUGAAAACCCUGAAAAAAAUAAAAUUUUGUUAUUCACUCAAAAGAAAUCCACUCCUCCACUUUUCAGAGCACUCUCCAAAGAGUAUAACUCAAAAUUACAAUUUGGUGAAGUUAGAGAUACUGAAAGAGACUUGAUAACUAAAUUCAAAGUUACAGAAUUCCCUACACUCCUGGUUCUUUCAGAGCCUGAAAACUACUUAGGUAUAAAGUAUGAAGGUGCUUUCAAAAAAGACCAAAUUUAGAAAUUUUUACGUGAGUAUUCAUAUGUUAAGCAAGCAAGUACAAAUAACCCAACAAUCCCAGUUAAAUUGCUUACUCCUGAUAUUGCUAGAAAUCCAAAUAACUGUGGUAGCAAUGAUCCAAAGAUUUGCUUAUUAAUUAUUACUGCUAACGAUAGUAUUAGUAUAGAAGAAGCAGCAACAUUACUCAAAUAAAUAGCUUCAAAGUUUUCGGAUUCAAAGAUGAAGUUAUUCUAUAUCCCAAAACGUUUGAUUGAACUUGAAAAUAUAUUUGAUAAUGAAGAUUUCUCUACCUUACCAGCAGCAGUAGUAAUUAAAGGAAAGCGUAAUCGUUUCGCUCACUUUAAUCCAGAAUAAUAACUCACUUCAUAAUCACUUGAAAACUACCUUGAAGAUAUUUUAGGCGGAGGAGGUAGCUUCCAAAGAAUGCACGAUUAGUUGAGUGGAAACGUUUUUGGUAUGAAAGAAGAUCUUUGA